AUGGCGACGGCGCGCGCGACCGCGGGCGCGCCGGCGCGCGCGACGACGGCGCGCUGGAUCGCGACGCGAUCGCGCGCGACGCGCGCGACGCGCGGGACCCGCGGCCGCGCGCGCGCGACGCCGAACGACGGCGAAGCGCACGCGGCGUACCUGCGAGACGUCGCGGCGACGCGCGCGCCGGCGGAGCUCGAGGCGCUCGCGCGCGUGCUCGACGCGCUGGGGUGCGAAACGAUCGCGCCGAACGCGCGGCGAGGGAUCCACCCGCUGGUGAUGCCGCUGGCGAGGACGCGCGAGGGAGGGGUGAUCGGACUCAUGGUGACCGAGGACGACGGCGAGGCGACGCCGGUGGUCGAGGUGCGGGACGGCGCGCACGCGACGAUGCUGGCGAAGAGCGCGAGGGAUUACGUGCACAGAGCGAUCGUCGAGGAGGAAGCGAUGAGCGAUGAGCAGACGACGACGGUGGCGGCGGCGGCGGGCGCGGUGGGGGUGAGCCUGCACGCGCACGGGGCGUUUAAGACGUCGGGGAAGGAGUUCGACGUGUACGUGACGACGCAAAUCGGGAAGUUUCCGUCGUCCAUGGAGGGGCUGGUUCGGAGACACUUGAAACGAAACGACGAACAGUCGGCGUUGAUCACGUGUGAUCUGUACAAGGCGACGUUCGGCGAUUGGGGGGCGCCGCACGUGUUCAUCUCUGAUUUAUAUUCCAAAUUAGGACGCGACGAGGAGGCGCGAGACGCCGCGCGACAGGCGUUGCAAACGCCGUGGUCCACCAUCGGCGGCAGAGACGCCAUCACGCGAAUGAUUGACGUCGCCGGGUGGUCUGGUAAGACCGUGGCAGAGAUCAAAGAAGUCCUAGAGAGCCGACGCGGUCCAUCCGCGGCGGCGUUCGACGGCCCGAAGAGCGAAAAGCAACUCGCGCGCGAAGAGGGCGAGCUCUUGCUCGACCAAAUCGCCGCGGGUGAGAUCGAAUCCUCGACCGUCAAUCAGCGUUUGGCGGAGUGUUACAUGAACGCCGGCAAGCCCGCGCUCGCGAAGUUCAUCAUGUGCGGCGCGGGGAUGCCGGCGCUGUGAGCGCCGAUAGCGAGCAUUGGAAUUUAAUAUCGAACCCCACAACGCGACUCAACAU